GGGAGAGAGAGAGAGGGACCACUGCCUCUAAAACGAGUCACAUCUGGGGAGAGAGACGGACCACUGCCUCUAAAAUGAGUCUGUCUGGGGAGAACGAGGAGAGAGGCACUGCCUCUAAGAGGAGGUAUUCUGAGAGAGAAGAGAGGGCCAAUGCCUCUAAAAAUAGUUUGCCUCAAGACACCAGUUCUACGAGAGACCAUGGUGGUGAAUGUUGUGUCAAGCCUGGACCUGAGAACACCAGAGACCAUGGUGGAGAGAGUUGGAUCAAGCCUGGACCUGAGGACACCAGAGACCAUGGUGGAGAGUGUUGGAUAAAGCCUGGACCUGAGAAAUGGAUUCCUCAGAGCUGUAAGACUUGUGACCAUGUUGAGGACUCCACACACAGACUUCAGAUUGAACCCUUGACUUUCACUGUCCAGGGAGUGACAAUGUUCAGGCACAGGACACCCAAAGGGAGUUAUGAGUGCACAGUGUCUGGGCUCCGCUGGCUGUGUGAGAGAGAUGUCAUUCUGAAGUAUCACUUCAGGAACUGGGAACCCUACAGUCAACUUAUGAAAGACAUGCAGUACACACAAGGUGGUCCAUUGCUGGACAUCACUAUGGAGUUAGGUGAACUGGAGGAAGUUCAUCUUCCACACUUUGUCUGUUUAGGGACCAACCCUUCCCUUAGGAAUGAGAUGAAGAUUCUUCAUGUAGAGGAACAUGGAGUGUCUUUAGAGGAAGUGCAUGAGGUCACAAGAUUCCAUGCUAAGAUUCUCCAUCCCAAGUUCUCAUCGGUCUCUGUUGUACUGAACAAAACCACCUGUUGGAACAUAGAUGUCCACUGUGACGUGAUCCUCUAUUUGGCAGUAAAAAGGUCAACAGUAAUUUCAAGGCUGUACCUGCUCCUCAGAAACUCCAGUCAGAAAGAGGCUGUUCAGGACCGGGAGAAAAAUCAGCUGUGCCAAGGAUAUUCUGAAUUUCUCCUGUCAAGUCCAAACGGGUCCUUAAAGCUGAACAAUUGGUUUGCGCUCAAGAAUCCCCUCUCCACUUCCAUCAAUCCAGAGAAGAUUCAGCUGUUACCUGCAGACACCACACCAAGCUGUUGCCAGAUGAUAAUGGGAAACACAGGGGUUGACAUUGAGAUGGAGUUAAUCGGGGAUGAUGAGAGGACAGCGUGGAGAGAUAUGCUACAAGCAGAUCAAUACAUCACUGACACCCAUUCAACUAGUAAGUAAACAUGAGAGAUACAAACCAAUGACUUGAGGGUCAGUCAACAUGGUUUACUGUAGGACCUGGACUAGUCCUGAUUAUAAAAGACUGUCUUCAAGAACAAUGACAUCUCCUCCAGGACUUGAUGUAGAUGAGCCUGGUUCUGAAUGCCCCAAUGGCAUCUCCUCCAGGACUUGAUGUAGAUGAGCCUGGUUCUGAAUGCCCCAAUGACAUCUCCUCCAGGACUUGAUGUAGAUUAGCCUGGUUCUGAAUGUCCCAAUGACAUGGUAGAAUGAAUAGUAACAGUGUUGGGGUACAAAAUACAAAAAUAACUGUACAAAUGUUAUGGAGAUACAGUGUUGUGUAAAAACAUUGAAUAUAAGAAUAAUAAUUGGAAUCAUUUGGACUGGGGAGACCUGCUCCUAGAUCAACACGCCUAUUCAAUGUUUAGGAUUACCCUGAAUGCUUUCCCCCCCCAAAACAGGGUAGGGACCUACUUUAAUUUGUCCAAAAUAAACAAUUUUGCAACUAUUUGCAACAACUAUUUUGUUUUCAAAACGUUGUGCUACUGUGGGUGACUAAUGAAUACACCCCUGAUCUGACUGGGCUGUAAAUCUUUGUCAAAAAAGCAGCAACCUCCACCACCCUCUUCAGAGGACACAUCUCUUACUUUUUUCCACAGCUUUUUUACUACACAUACAUACAUAUACAUGUAUACACACACACACAUUUGCAUGUGACAUAUAUAUUUUUGUGCUGUGUUUUACUAAAUCUUUGAAUCUUUCUAAUCGUAUAGUAUCCACAUAUUGUGAGCUGAAGAUGAAAACCUUUCCUGCGAGUAUUAUUAUAUAUUAUAUUAUAUAUUAUUAUAUAGUAUAUAUUAUCUGGUAUUAUUAUAUAUUAUAUUAUAUAUUAUUAUAUAGUAUUAUUAUAUAUUAUAUAUUAUUAUAUAGUAUAUAUUAUAUAGUAUUAUUAUAUAUUAUAUAUUAUUAUAUAGUAUAUAUUAUAUUAUAUAUUAUUAUAUAGUAUAUAUAUUAUAUAGUAUUAUUAUAUAUUAUAUUAUAUAUUAUUAUAUAGUAUAUAUUAUAUAGUAUUAUUAUAUUAUUUAUUGACUGACUAUGGUUUUCCAGAUCGCUCAACACUGCUAUUUGUAAGGUUCAUUUGAAUUGCAUGUGAUUUUCUAACCAUUCCUGAACCUAUGACCAGAAACUAGCUACAUCAGGGCAAUACCAGAAUAAAUGAUCUAUUGAUUCUGUCUCUUCGCAACAAUAUCUACAGAGCUGAGAUUGUUGUGUUGUUGCCCCAUAUAUAUAGCAUUCUGUUGGCGGCAAUCAUUUUAUAUAAUCAUUUAAAUGGUUGAAUCAAGUGUUGUUUUUUUUUGUACCAGUUCUUGUACCAGUUCAUAAACCAUGUGCCAUGGAAUUGGUAAAUUGAAAA